CGCAAACUGGUUUCUAAUGUCUCCUUAAAAAAAAUGGACCUCAAGUAAUCCCCACCACAGGGACUGCAGCAUUUCAAGUUACUGAAACUGUACUUUCAAAAUGGAACAUUGAUUUCACUAACCCUGAGUUAUCUCUCGUGUAGAUCCCAGCCUUCCUUAAUCCAUGUCAGAAGACAAACCAGACUCGCGCUAGGACCCAGGGAAUCAUACAUUUCCAUCGUGGAGGGUCUGGCCAGCCCGAGCGCAGACAACAAAAGCAGACUUGAAUUGUCUCUCUCUCUGCAUCCACACCCUACCAUACACAGUUUGGUCUGUUUGAUCUUCCACUCUGACGAAUUAACCGAAGCAUGUUCCAAGACAAAGAGCUGGAUUUUGGCCAUUUUGAUGAAAGGGACAAGACACGUUAUUCAAAGGGUUCAAGGAUGAAUGGUUUGCCCAGCCCCACACAUAGUGCUCAUUGCAGUUUCUAUCGCACCCGAACCUUGCAAGCCCUUACCACCGAGAAGAAAGCCAAGAAGGUCCGUUUCUACCGUAAUGGGGACCGGUACUUCAAGGGCAUCGUGUACGCAAUAUCUGCUGACCGCUUCCGUUCCUUUGAUGCUCUGCUAGCAGAUCUGACCCGAACCCUGUCUGAUAAUGUGAACCUGCCUCAGGGAGUUCGCAUUAUCUUUACCAUUGAUGGACUUGGGAAGAUCACCAGCCUUGAUGAACUGGAGGAAGGGGAGAGCUAUGUUUGCUCAUCACAUGACAUCUUUAAAAAGGUGGAUUACACUAAGAAUGUGAAUCCCAAUUGGUCUGUGAAUGUCAAAGCCUCUGGUACCCAGAAAGUGCCCCAGUCCCUGGCCAGUGCCAAGCACAUGACUGAGGUCAAAGAAACCAAGGACUUUGUCCGUCCUAAGCUGGUGACUGUUAUACGGAGUGGAGUCAAGCCGCGUAAAGCUGUGAGAGUUCUGCUCAACAAGAAAACCGCACACUCCUUUGAGCAAGUCCUUACUGACAUCACUGAGGCCAUUAAGCUGGAGACGGGGGUAGUGAAGAAGUUAUACACUUUGGAUGGCAAACAGGUGUCAUGUCUGCAGGACUUUUUUGGUGAUGAUGAUGUGUUCAUUGCUUGCGGUCCAGAAAAGUUUCGAUAUGCCCAGGAUGACUUUUCACUGGAUGAAAAUGAGGUGCACAGAAGUCGGACGCUGGGAGGUUUUGAUGUUGAAUGCCGUGUGGUGAAGACAAAUCCCGGUGGUAAACCAGUUAAUGCCACACAAAGGUCUACAGGCAAGAGCUCUGGAGCUUCACGUCGUAGUAAGUCUCCUGCUGACUCUGCUAAUGGAACUUCCAGCAGUCAGCUCUCCACCCCAAGGUCGAACAAGUCUCCAGUCUCCACACCUAUUUCGACACCAACCAGUCCAGGAUGCCUUCGCAAGCACAAGGACCUGUAUCUGCCACUCUCCCUGGAUGAUUCGGACUCACUGGGUGACUCGAUGUAAGCCACCAGAGUGAGCGAAUGAGCGAGCAAGCAAAGUCUGGAAUUCGCCACCUGAGAUAGUGAGACUUGGAAAAGGAAAUCUGCCUAGUGCAGAGGUAUUACUGUUGGUGCUCACAAAUCGCCAAGUGACACCAAUAUAAAAAAAAACCUAAAAAAAGCCAAAAAGUUGCCCUUUUUUUUUUAAACAGUUUGUCCAUCACAUGAGAAACCUAGUAUCUUGGAAUAUCACUGCCUUUUUCUAAACAUCAGAUAUAAAGCACUGUGAGAAUAUUUCAUAACACAAGCAGGUCUCUUGUACAUCACACGUUCUGUGAAACUUGUGGUCCCUGAUUUUUAAUUUCAUUGUGCUGCGUGAUUUUCCAUUCCUCUUUGAUAUUAAUGUGCUAUUAUUAUAUGCUUCAUUUAAAGAUCUGUUUUAGUUAUUGAAAACCUCUGCCAGUUUUUUCUUUGUACAAGAAAAUACUCUGCUGAGCAGAAAUGUUUUAACAUCCAAUUUGUUUAAAAAAGAAAAGAGAAAAAACCCAAAAAAAUCAUUAAGACUCAUUAGUUUAACAUAAUACAUUGAUCUGAAAAUGGGAAUGAAUUUGAGAAUAAAAAACAACUUAAUAAGACUGAGCAUAUUGAUUUUCUAAAAUUAAAUUUGAUCAUGUUUGUUUAAUACUUUUUUUAGCAACAAAAUGAUUCUGAUUCUUGCUUUUUAUGACAUUUUGAAUGGUAGAACUAUUUAGGAUUAGAUUAAGACAGCAAAUCUACAAUUUACUAAUAAGAACAUGGUGUUCUUAAGCUUUUUUAAUUUGUGAAUGUGUUCACUGUGCAAUUAUUAAAACCAGUUUAUAACUAAACUUACUGAAUAGCAUUAAUAGGAUACUUGUAAAAUAUGGUGAUGAAGGUUUUUCUUUGAAGACAGAUUUGACUAGGAAAAGGGAAUGUUGACUUGCUACUGGACUAGGAUUAACAUGGAAUAAGUUUUCCAUGUGUAGGACUAAUCUUCAUUCUUGAUUUAGAAGGGAUAUUUACUGCUUUGCUUGAUUUGGUGUGACAUUUAGCUUGUAGGCUGAUGUUGCUUGAUGUGGAAUUCAAAUGUCAGGGCACAGUGAGGCCUCUUACAUUCCACAAGCAAUUGUUGAAAGAUUCAUGGUCAGUUUUUCUCUGUAAUGUUCUAUACCUGCAGAAUUUCUUAAGAUGCUGCCUCCAUUGUUAUGGCCAUGUUCAAGAAAGAAAUGACCCUGUAAUACCCUGAUGCUCUCAGUACCAUGAAGUCCAUCCCUUUUCAACAUUGCAAGUUAUAUCCUUUAGAAACAGCUAAGCAGCUUUGUGAGCUCCAUUUGAUUGAAUAUUGUGGCUAGCAACUUUAUUUAUAGGCCACAAGCUCCUGCCAACUAUCAGCCAAGAAAAGUAUUACUUGAAAGGGAUUGGUUGAUAGAAGCCUUCAGGGUGAAAAUUCAUCCUAUAGUAAGUUGUGUGUGAUAAAUUCUGCUUCUGAAAAUUCAGUUCCAGACCUGAAUCUGAGAAGUGGUUUUCAAUUUAGCACAUACAACAAUGGACGAAUUUCAACACCUUGAUGUAUUGCAAUUUGUACAUUGCUGAUAGAUUACCAUAAUUGAAGUCCAUGGUAAAGAAAAACAAUGUGCCAUAGUGCAAAACUUAUUGAUAGCUUAUAUUUUAAAGCAUCCAUUGUUCAAUAGCCAUAAAAAUGGGGAAAUAAGGAGGGGUAUUGAAGAAAAUGUUUGUCCAUAGGAACAGUUGCAGAACGUGAUGGUAACCUUUGCCUUCCAAAGUACUUUGAUUACUUGGAUUCUUUUGUAAUCUUGAGGCCAUUUUCUAAUGCCAGCCAUUCUUGAUCUUGAUCUAAUUAAAGUUAAUACCAGUUCAAUACACUUCAAACCAUGUCCAAGAAUUAAACAAGUUUCCACUAAAAUGAUCAGCAAUUUUGAGAAGAAUAGGAAGGCACUCAGCACAAUUUCUGUACCAGGAUGCCCAAGGUUUUGGGCUUGGCGGGCUAUUUUCAGAGUAGACUAGAAGACUAUGGGACAAAUUGUUGCCGGAACUUCCAAAUGAGAGAUAUGCUAACCUUUAGAUGUUGCAGGGCACACACAGUGAUGCCAAGUUUUAGUACAACACUUGUUGAUGAUGAAGUUCUAUUGUAUAAUUGAUGCCCUUGAGAACACUGAACCAACCAGAGGAUUGAGGCCUGCUUCAGUUUUUUAAAAAGCUCUGCUGUGCCUGGACCACUACCAAAAUCUGAGGCAUCGAUUUUCUCUCCUCAUAAUUACCCAAACCCCUCUCGUCAACCAUUCCUUGUUACCAAAUACCUCAGAAACCCCACCAUGCCCCCCUUCCAAAAUCAUCUUCCCCAAUUUUCUUCUCAUCUUCCUGGACCACAUCUAUUAUCUACCACACCCACACCUCCAACCGCCCAUUCCUCUCCACACGCCGCCCCACACCCCCCCCCCCCCCCCCCCCCCCCCCCAUCAGUCCACCUCCUGUUCAUCAUCUAUAAGAUCCCAAUUAUCUGUUAGGUGUCCAAUCCUGAGCAGCACCCACAAUCUUCUCUACAACACUCCCUCUCAUCAUGGCAAUCUUCUGAUCCCAACUCCAUCACCCUCCUCACUGCUUUCCACCCAUGCUACACAAUCCUCACUCCAGCUCACUUCCUACGUGAUCCUCAUACCCCACAUUGGUUGGAGAUCUCAGAGGAAAGAACCAUUGUAUCCCACACACACCUUGUUAUACCCAGGAUAAUAUGCAGUCCUCAAAGGGUUAACAAUAAAGAUUAACAAAUUUCACAGAAUUUUUUUUUAAAAUUUUAUUUACAGCGUGGUAAUAGGCCCUUCUGGCCCAACUUUUGUUAGACGUUGCACCUUAUUCUGAAUGUUAUCGAAUGAUUCUAGCUGUAUUGCUUCCAUUUUUAGUUUCCGUGAUCCUGAAUCUCAACCUUUUGAGUAAAUAUAAAGUUUAAGAUGAAGUGUGACAGAGGAGGAGGAAAAGUCAGCAGAGAAACCAUUUCCAGCCUGCUUCCUUUUGUUCUCCACAGAGCAGCAACAGUGUCAGUAGGAAAGAGGGCAGGAGCUAACAUAAUUCCACUUUUCUAGCAGGACAAAAACGUACUCACAGGGAAUAGUUGGGAAUAAGAUCUGGAGCGGGAAUAGGGAAUAUGGAUUAUAACCAAUACAGUUCAUGAACUGAAGCCACAUCAGAUCAAGUCAGGUUCAGACAAGCUAAGUGUCACUCCAUUAACAGCAAAUACAGUGCAGGAUUACAAGUUAAAGCAGCAGUGUGCAUAAUAUCUCUCAUGCACAGGCAAACUGUAAGGUAUAACAAUGGUGCUUGGGAAAACCCAGUUGGCCUACUAAUAGUUGAAUUAGUAUCAGUGCUCAACGUUCACAACAAUUGGAGAAAAGGCUCUAGCCUUUAAUUAAGUAAGGUUGACCUGAGUGCUUACUUUAAACUGAACAUUAGCUUGUGUGUUUGAAGAACAUCAUUGGACUUUAUAUUGUGGCACUCCACGGCUGUUCCGGAUUUGUCCUGCCUACAUUGCAGGGUGGAUCAGGAACAUGCUGAGAUAACUGAGCAUAUGAAAGCCCGUGCACAAGCUGUUAUUCAAUAGUCUCUACUCCUGGGGCUUCUCUGAGAAGUAAGCUGCGUUACUGGCCUGGAUAGCUGAUCGAGUUCCAGCCACAAGAAAGUAGCUCAUAAUAGAUAUGAUGAGUUGCUCUGGUGGCUCUUGGCCAUUCGAGGCAGAUAGUGGGACCUUGCUGUGAGGUCGUGUUCUGUGCCUUCAGGGAAAGGGAGUGAGACUACUUCAUGAGGUCUAGGCUUCAGAAAAUGAAAUGACCUUGUGAGGUGCAGCCUGUCCCUCGAGGCAAGUUCACUGUUUAUGUUGCAGCACUGCUCCUGUGAACAGAGCGUAGGUGAACCGCUGAUAAAUGAAAAGAAUUCAGGUUGAUAGUAAUGCUAAUAAGCAGUAUUUAUUUAACAAAGUACCAUUACCUAUGGCUGUGAGUGUAUUACAGUGGUAUCUUUUAUUUUUCAUUGAAUAUUUUAACCAAAGUGGCAGUUGAUUUGUGUGUGUCCUUUUAAACUAGACAAAGGCUCACAGAGACUAAAGCCAGCCUCUGAUUUGCAUAUCUGGUAAAAGGCCAGCUGAAAAUAAAAACUGGCGUAAACGCUCCAAAUGUUACAAAUAGAGACCAAAUUACAAAAGAUAAAAAGAAACCUUUAUAAUAGACUGAAGCGUUGCCUGCUAUGUUCUGCAUUCAUUUUGCUUUGAGCCAUGGACAUCAUGGGCAGUGCAACCUGGGACUGUUGUCAUUCCCAUGGAAACAGAUGGGCUGUUUCCGUCGCCAUGCAACAAGAGACGUGCAGGAAUAAGUGGCACUGUUCCCAUAAUUGGCUGUUGCCGUGUGAGGCAACUGACAUGAAUGUAAAGAAGCAGGAAGGUGAAGCAAAGUUAGUUCAGGAUACAAGUCAUCAGCAGAGGCCUGGGCACAAUUUGAAAUAAAUUGGCAAGAUGGAGAUUGGUUAGAAUGCUGACAUAGAGCAUGCAAUGGAUCAGCACUGAACUUGGUUAAUACUGAUUACAGGAUUACAUUUAGAGCAUUUUGACAUCCAGAGAAAUGUAUUGCUGAACAACUCCACUGUCCUCUCUAAUUACUUUAUCAGAAUAGAGGGUAAAAGCUGAUUCUGGCAUUCCUUGUGGUAUGUUUACAUCCUCUCCAAGUGAAUUAAAAUAUAAUACUGUGGUGUACGCAAUGAGAAUGUGCUUCAGUCCUAGAAGCUAGGUUUAAGUGCAACGAGGCUAAUGUGAUGAAAAUCUUCUCUCUGCGCUUUAUUUUUAAAUGUCCUCUAUGUGAAAUGAUUUUGAUGCUUUCGGUCCAUUUCUGCGUCACAAAAGCAUAGCCCAAUUUGGUGGAAAUUGAUAUAAAAUUUCCAAUGUAAUCAGAGGAGUGGAAGGCUGGCUGUUGAGCCAGAUACACAUUAGUGUGGUUAUAAACUCACCUCUGAGAUUUGCUGUAAUGCAGCUUGCUCAGGCAAUGGGAUUGACAUUCUUUGCCUCUGACUGUGUUGGACCUCACCUAAGAGUACCCAGUGCAGGCAGUGGAGGCUAGAAGUGAAGAUGCUUCCCAGCAUAACCUCACCUCAAUUAGUACAGUCAUCACAAUGUGUACAAUUUCUUCUCCUUUAUUUCAACUGCUGUGUUCAGCAUCUCACGGUUGCUGAAUGUCAUGUAUUUUUUCCCUCUCCUGCCCUUAUUCAUCUUCCUAUAUUUACUGUCCUCCAAACAGAUCAGCUAUGAUUAAGCAGCAUUCAUUUCCUCUCUCUCAUACAGCACCAAAAGCAAUGUGUUGCCCAGACAACCUGUCUCCAAUCUAUUAUAAACACUCCCUCUCCACCACUGCCUUUUGCUGCAAUUUAAAACUUCCUUGCUCUCUCAUUUUUCCAGCUCUGAUGAAGGUCUUAGACCUAAACAUCAACACAUUUUUUCUCCCCACAGCUGCUGCCUGACCUGCUAAGUAUCCCCAGCAUUUACUGCUUUUAUUUAGGAAAUUUAUGACAUUUGUGAUAUGUUGUAUAUAAAAUAGCUCCUUCCUGUAAUGUCCCAGACCUUUGUUUAAAGUGCAUGUUAUGAACAAAUCUGUAAUAUUCUCAUACAUAAUUGGAUUCAAUAGGCCAAGUGACUUUUUUUCCUUGGAAGUUUCUAAGUUCACCUUUAAUACUUGGGAAAAUCUAAUCACUUUGGCUCUUUACCUAUCACAGAAUGUUAAUAGAAAUGCAACAGAUUUGAAAAUCUCCUGGGAAAGAGAAUAUUUAUGAUCCUUGGACAUUUUUGAGAUGGUCAAGGUUUAUUCCUGAUCUUAAUGCUGACUUAAGAUGAAGUUGGCAAGGCAAAUCCAGAAAAAAAAUUGAAGAGGUCAUUUGCUAUCAUCACAGACCAUUUGGUGCCUUCAAGAGCAGAAGGCAGGAAUCAGAUUUCCUCCCUGUGCACCUUUAACAGAAUAUCUCACUUACCCUUACUCCAAUACCACUCCCGGUGCAUACACCAUGAACGGGAAAUCUAAAAGCAUGUUUAAAAAUCUUGUGCUCUAAACUGGAACUUGCUGGCAUUCAACAAAUAUACUGUGGUGUUAAAAAUGGUUAAUCCUUUUAAAUUAGUCAGAAAAUGAAUGGAGUGACUUGAUGCCGUAAGAAAUGACGAGAAACAGUUUAAGAACUGCAACUCGAUAUACAAAUAGCAAUGUUUUCUGUAUCCUUUGAAGAGCAUUUUGCAUAAUAGGUCUCCAAGAACCUCCUGUUUUCCAUAUAAUUAGUCCCAGUUAACCACGAUUCUCUUCAUAGUCACUCCCUAAUGCAAACAACUCUCUGGAAGCACUCCCAAGUACCUGGCUUUCUCUAUAUAAUCAUUCCCAAGUGCCACCUACCCUCAAUAUAAUGUCUACGUUAUUCUUAUUCCACUGCUCCUUUUGCUAGUUGCUGACACAUUCAUAUUGGGAUCCAGUCAGUUGUUGGUGAGCAGUGGUACGUAGCACAGCAAUACAUCUCUCUGUAAAUCCAUUAUCAGAAAAUUAACCAGAACAUCAAUGCAAUCUGUAGAAAUAAUAUAAAAGUUCAAAUGCACCAAAAUUUGGUUUUGAAAAAAUAAAGCCUGCCAUCAAGUUGAAUAUGUAAUGGAACUAAGGGAAAGAUGUUCCUUUAUAAAGCAUUAAUUUCUGAAUAGUUUGCUUGCUUGUUUUUUUUCUAUAAAAUCAGUGCUAUCAUGCUUGAAACUUGCAUGUUUUCUGCUUUCUGUGGUGAAAAGUCAGUUUGCUCCUUUUUGCUGCCUUUUUUGUGAAAUUCUAAAUGUACAUAAAAUGUUUAUUAUUAUUGACUUUUUAAACUAAUAGUGAAUAGGUGUAGUUGGAAUUCUGUAAUGUAGUUUUACAAAAGUGCACACUAGUAGAGAUUUAAUGAUAGAAGUGUUUGCUUGUUAGGUGAGGUGUAGAGGAUUCAUUUCCAUUCAGCUUUGAGGUUACUAUGCAGUGAUUUCAGUUUCUCUGUUGUGGUAAGUUUGACAUUGACCUCUAAUGUGAAUUUGAUUCCACUCAUCCUUCAAAGGUAGAAUUUAAAAAGUUGAUAGUGUAGCAACUGCUGGAGGAUUUGCCUUUUUUAAGGCUCUGCUUUAAAUGUUCAGAUACAGCUGUGGAAAAUUUCACCACUCCAGAUUGCUGUUCAGUUUUAAAGAAAGCAGUUUAUUCUUUAGUAGCACUGGGGAUGGGUUUAUGGCUUUUUUUUUAAGAAACAUGAGGUCAAAUCAUUCCAUUUCUAUCAGAUUGCUACAAAAGAGAAAUGAUAAAUUUGUUUUGUGACUCCUUUUCUAACACUUGUAGUUUGGAGUUGUAUUCAUUUAAAUGUACAUUUGCAAGAUGUGUGUAAUUUAAAAAAAUACAUUUGAUGGAAAUCUUA